AUGGCUUCCAGACCACAAGUCUUCGACAUAGGCAAACCAACAAUCCUAUUCGACUCACACCCCGAGAAGCAAGAAGGCUACGCCUACUCAUACUACAGCGCCUUGAAAUCAUCGCUCUACACCGCCUUUACAGGGGAUGUUCCCAAACAUCACAACCCCGGAAAACUGCGUAUAGAAUGGUGGACCAAUGAUAAGAAGAAAGGACUCAGGGACUACGACCUCCAUGAACACGAAUUAGUCCGGAAAGCAUUCUAUGAGCUUGAUGGCAUGAAGGAGGUGGAAAGGGUGGUGGUUUUAGGGUACUCGGGUCAGAAUCCUUAUCUUAUUGGAGAAGAUGAAUGGGAACAGGGACGCAAAGGAAAGAAGGGCUGGAAACAUGAGACUAAAGGGGAGGAGGUCUUUGCUAAGAGGAAACAGGCGCAGAUUGAGCAGAUGAAUAAUAGUGUUGAGGGGCGGACGGGCAAGUUGGUGGACAUUGAUGAUGUUAUUCAAGAGACGGAUCGCUUGGAAGAGAAGAAGAUGAGAGAGCAAAGGGAGAAGAUGUGGAAAGAGGCUGAGGGCAUGCAGGAGCAGAAAAUGGCGGAGAUGGUUUGA